CUGGUGGGAGGGGCCAAGCGAUAUCAAUGCGUGAGGGGGCGGAGCCAAUUAGCCUCUAGCCAAAUAGGGAGGGACCGAAGAGGAGGCGUGGGAGGGGAGUGGUCUUGUUGAUAACGGGGAGGAGUUGAGCGGUUGCCAUGGGCGGAGUCUACAGUGAUCGGGGUGGAGCGUCUCUGACAAUGGUUUUCGACAGGUGUGGUGGGUGGAGCUCCUUGUGACGUCAGUGUAUCAUGUGAUUACCGAAACUGCCGGCGGGAGUGAGUGACGCUUCAACUACUCAGAACAUGGAGAAGAAGCUGCGGAUGCCCUUCAAUAACAUUCUGUCUCUUGGCAAUGACCGAGAAUUGUUUCAGUCUAUAAAACAAGUAACAAGAUCUCCCACCUGCCACUUUUGUGGUUUAGCUGGAUCCAGACGCUGCACCCAAUGUCUUCAGACCUAUUACUGCUCUAAGGAGUGCCAGAAGGAAGACUGGAUCGCUCAUUCUCAACUCUGCAGGCCAGCUGGACGGAAAGAACCAAAUGGUAUUAAACCCCCGAGUGGAGCAGGUGAUAUGAACUCGGGAUAUGGAAAGACCAAGGCUUUCAAAAUUCCUGACACCAGAAAUGAAGAAGUAAAUGGAAGGAAGAUUUUUCUUUCUGAUAUACAGGCGGAAGCACUGAGUAAUGGAACAGAGUUUGAGGGUUAUGCAGUGGAGUUUUCUAGCCCAAGCAAUUUCUAUGUAAAAGCCUUUGAUGCCAAAUCCAUAGAUAACCUUGUAAAAGUGACAAGUACCUUGAAAAACCUUUAUUCCAACCCCAGUAACCUAAAGAAAGAUUACGCGCCUGACAAAGGUGAAGUCUGCGUGGCAAAGUACCAUCAGGACCAGCAGUGGUACAGAGCGCUGGUAUACAGCGUGGAGAGGACCACGAGGACAGCGCAGGUUUUAUAUCUGGACUACGGCAAUACAGAAAAUGUCAGCCUGGACAGUGUGCAGCCGAUGCAUAAAGAUGUAGAUCUGGUCCCUCCGUGUGCUCUACAGUGCUGCUUGGCGCACGUCACUGCUCCUCCUUUCGGCUGGUCACCGGAAUGCCUUGUAGAAGUGAAGAGUCUUCUUGUAGGGUCCAAGCUGUUGAUCCGCAUCGUUGACGUUUUUCAAGAGGAACUUCCGCUAUACACGGUUGAUGUAUCUUUACUUGAGUCAGGUCAGAAUCUAAAUAAAAUAAUAAUCGAGAAGGGAUAUUCAUUCCCACCACUGAACAAAGACCACGGAAAAGUCGAGAAUCCAGAUGCAGCUCCCAGAUUGGUGAAACAGGAAGAACUGUCUGACUUGACUCAGGUGGGGGAUGUCUGCCAAGAGAGUGCUGCUCCACAACCGAAAACCCUGUCCUCAUUGCUCUCUGUUGGGGACACCUUUAAGGCAUGCGUCACUGUCGUCCACAGCCCUGAGUUGUUUUUCUGUCAGCUGGUGGACAAUGCGGAACAACUUGCAGAUGUUAUGAUAAAGAUGCACAAGCAUUAUAGCACCUUACCCGCUUCUCCUGAGUUUUCACCCGCUACUGGGGAUAUAUGCGCAGCAAAGUUUACAGAGGACAAUAGCUGGUGCAGAGCCAUUGUGGUGAGACGCGUAUCCGAUGAGUCUGUGCUGGUUGGAUACUUAGAUUUUGGGAACACAGAGACUUUGCCCGUAUCUAGAGUGCGUCACAUCGAGCCUGAUUUCUUAUCCCUUCCUUUCCAAGCUGCUCAGUGUUGUUUGGCAGGCGUGAAACCUCCCUCAGCCAAGUGGACCUCAGACGCCAUAGAUGCCUUUAAGGGUCUGGUUAUGGAUAAGAUAUUGACCGCAUCCGUCUUGGCGAACUGUGACAAAGUCUUAACUCUAGAGCUGGUCAAUAAAUCUGUUACACCCGAAAUUUUGAUUUCAAAACAUCUUAUUGCGGCCGACCUGGCAGUGCCCAACAACUCUGACUGUGGGACCCCAGAAGAAGCAGCCGAUCAGCCUGGGGACUAUGCUGUGCAGCUGAGGUGGGCAGAACUUCCUCUGGGACAAGAGACUGAAGUAAUAGUGUGCAUGCUGCAAAACCCGGGAGCCUUCUUCUGCCACAUUCACAAUCAGACAGAUUUACAACUUCUCAAUAAUCUGAACCUCUCCCUUGGAGAGUAUUGUAUGCAGAAUAAAUCUGAGGGAUAUUGUCCUGCAAGGGAAGAGAUCUGUGGAGCGUAUUAUGCAGGUGACGGGAACUGGUAUAGAGCCCAGGUGAAAGAUAUUAUUUCUCCCAGGGAAGCAAAGGUCCUGUUUUUGGAUUAUGGAAAUAUAGAAAAUGUGUCACUGGAUAAACUGUGCAAAAUUCCCUCCAGAUUCCUAGAAUUUCCAUUUCAAGCCAUUGGCUGUGGUUUGUCUGGUGUAAAGCCUACUGGAGAAAACUGGAGUGAAGACUCUACCAAAGCGUUUAUGAAAUCAGUCGUAGGAUUGAAGUUUCUGGCUAAAGCCGUCGGCCGCACAAAGCACGGCUGUUCUGUUGAGCUGGUGGCGGCUGAAAGCGGUGCCGUUAUUGCCGAUCUACUGAUUGCUGCAAAAUUUGCCGUCCGAGAUGAGAAGUCAAUAAAGGACAUGAUGGAUGCCAAUGACAACAAAGCCCUCAGGCCCCCAAGAGAUCAUCCCUUGCUAACCGGUAAAGGGCUUCAUGUCUGUAACCCUGACAUAGGAUCCCCAGCACACAAAGAGUUACAACCCAUUAAAUCAAGUCCGUCGGUUCUGAGUGACGCACAUUCUACCUUACCAAUGUCUCCUAAGGAGCUACCUUUCCCAAAUUCUGUUCCUAAAGACCCAAUUGCUGAACGACCAGGGAAGAGUAACUUACCACCAUUUGCUUUUAGCGAUGUGCGCUAUCCGAAAACCAUCCCCUCUGCCACCAGGGACCCUGCAGAAUCCAAACAUUCAGCACCUCCCCAUAAUAACUCAUCGCAAUUUUGCCCUAAAGAAACCAAUGGCCCUAAAGCCACCGCACCAUUUCAGAAAGCCCAUUCUAGAAGCCCCAACACACUCUCUCCUAGGGAGAAUGUUUCUUCUAAAUCAUUUCCUAUGGAGUCCAGCUUCUCCGGUGCUGCAUCAGUCAACAGGGAACAUCAUCUGAGUAAGUUACCUCCGUCUCAUCAGAAGGAUAUGCACCAGGCGAAAUCCAUCCCAACCGCAUCCAGGGAAUAUCGCUUUAGUAAUUCUACUUCAUUGACGCCUGCGACAUCCAUUCCAGGAGAAUCGCCUUCCUCUGCCUCCCCUCCUCCUAUCCACCAUAAGCGUCUGCAAGCGGAGUCUCCUAUAGAUUCCUGUAAGCCAAACUCCCAUAAUGCUCCUCCACCAACAUUCAGUAACUCAUGUGCGACAGUUCUCAAUGAUUCGACUUCUUCCCUGGAAAAAGGAGUGCGCUCAGAUCAUCCUUCCAUGUCAAAUGGGUCCUUGCAAAGAAAAAUACAGAAUGUUAGUCCUUCUGUGAAUGGGCAUUCCGCAGCGAGUGGGCAUCUGCCAGGAGCUUCCGUUGCACAAACAUGGAUAUCCGUGGAUUUGCCUCUUGAUAAAGCAAUCCCCGCGUGUGUUCUGAAGACGAUCAGUCCAGACCUGUUCUAUGUCUUCCCAAAAGAAAACAGAGUUGAUGUGAAGAGACUCCAACAGGUGAUGAUAGAAAUAUUUAACUAUUGCAGCAAAGAGAUGGAUCAACACGGUUACAGACCCUCAGUCGGUGACGCCUGCUGUGCCAAGUUUACUGAGGAUGGUCAGUGGUACAGAGCUGUGGUCCUUGAGGUCCAUGAUUCCUCAGCCAGAAUCGCUUAUGCCGAUUAUGGCAAUGUGGAGGUCCUCCCGUUUUCCUGCCUUCUUCCAAUGAAGAAAAGCUUUAUGGAGCUUCCCAUGCAGUUGACAAAAUGUUCUCUUGCGGAUGUAUUUCCUGUUACUGAGUCCUGGUCACCUGAGGCCACAUCCACAUUGAGUUCUAUAUUACUGGGGGCUGAAGUACUCAUCACAGCUAAGUCAUUGGAUGCGGGGAUAUAUAGCGUGUCUGUGGACAAGCAGCAGGAGGACGGCAUUCUACAUGUGGGUGAGAGGCUGGUGAUGGACGGGCUGACAAGAAGUGUUGCUGGGACGCCAAUGACGAAGAGCUGUUCAGAGGGAAGUGGCGGCUGCUGCUGUCGUGAUCUCCUGAGAAGAGUGGAGAAGCUGGAAGAAAUAAUUCUGCAUCUUCUCAAGACAGAAAAAAUCAAAUAAGGAACCAAUGUCCUCGGCUCUGCUGUACAAGAAGCGUCGCUGCUGAACCUCUGUUAAGAAAAAACUAUAUAUUUUUUGGAUUUCAAAUAGUUUCUUCCUUGUUAAAGCCCAUAGAGAUGCUGUAGGCUGCAAUUUUGUUUUUUCCAAAAGAAAAUACAACCUCAAGAUGCCGGGGGUUCAUUGACCAGGGAAAAGUAGCGAUAAAUCACUGCGUAAUGGAAAAAUAAGUGCUGUAUAAUAUAUAUGUAAAGAUCUUUGUUUACAUAAAGAGGCCGAAAACUCCUCCUGACCUACUCCAGCCUGGGGUUCAUUUACACUAUGGAAAUUCCAUGCAGAAUUUCCAUGAUAACAUUUUUCACGGAUUCCCCUUGCAGCCGCCUUCCAUUGAUCUCAAUGAGAUUCUGCUGCUCCGUUCACACUUCAGAAGUUCUGUUGCAAAUUUAAAGGGGUACUCCAGUGAAAAAAAUUGUUUUUAAUCAACUGGUGCCAGAAAGUUAAACAGAUUUGUAAAUUACUUCUAUAUAA